AUGAGUUCGUUAUACCACAUCAGCACCGAAACCAAGAAAAGAAUUAGUAAAUUCAGAACUGCCACGGCUAGAUCAGAUUCCGUUGAGGUUCAGGUGAUAAAGAUCCAGCCAAAGCCAUCGUAUGAAAUCACGAUUGAUGAAGCAGACGAGGAAGAAGUCAAUGAAGUCUCUAGUUUAGAGGAACUUGGUCAGGUUUUACCGGACAACACUCCACGUUAUGUGCUUCUUUCUUAUCCGAUGACUACUCGUGACGGAAGAAAGCAAACACCUCUUAUACUCAUAUAUUGGAAGCCUAUGACUGUGGUAUCACAGGAAUGGAAGAUGUUGUACGCUGGGGCUUUAGAGAAAGUGAGAUCCGAAUGCGGAGUAAGCAAGAUGAUAGAAGUUACAUCUGGCCUUGAAGAAGAAGAAGAUAUCCAAGAACUAAAAGAACAGAUAGAAAGCUAA